GGAAUUCUCCAGGGCAGCCAUUCCUGGUAUCUGUGAGGUCGUGGCUGGAGGCAGCAAGAGGGGCUGGGGAUCUCCCAAUCCUUGAUGCCACCCAGCCCUGCAUGGUAUUGGGAUAGAGUGGUCAUGGGCAAUCGGUUAGUGGGUACCAGGGUAAAUUUGUUUGACUACAUCUUCUUAACUAGGCUGGCAGCUCCCUGGGGAUUUGGACUCUGCCUCCAAGUGUGCCUCUGCCCUAGAGUGGAAGCUGAGGGGUCCCUCUGUGGGAUCUAGGAGGAACUGGUCUCCCAGGAGGCAUCUGGUGAUGGCCACAUUUUGAUGGAGAUCCUGGUUUGGGGAGUGAUGAGUGAAUGUGGCAGAAAAUACCAAGUAGGAGUUCACCUUGGCCUUCUCUAUCUAGCACCAGUAUUGAGGGGGUGUCACUCUGGGUUCAGUAACCAGCAUGCUGACAAGUUUAUGCUGGGAGAUCCAGGGCCACCUGGCUCCUCUCGGAGAGUCAUCUCCUGCUCAGGGUGUGUGGGGGCUUCCUCCCAAAGGAGAGGGACAGGGUGUUUUUGCUGAAUGAUCUGCUGAUUCCUUUACCUUUCUAAUUGAGGUUCUAUGAAUGGUGUGGCUGGUGGUGGGUCCUGAGGUUGGACCCGCUUGGUUUCCUUAAGCCUGUCCUGGGGAGACACUCACAAUCCCUCUCUCCCCCCAGAGGCUGAACCCGCAGCUCCUGCCAUCCCUCUGGCUGCCUCUUGGAGCCCACCCAACCCAACCUGACCAAUGUCCACAGCCAGAUUGACCCGGCCACCAAGCGGAACUGGAUCCCCGCGGGCAAGCACGCACUCACGGUCUCCUACUUCUAUGAUGCCACCCGAAAUGUCUACCGAAUCAUCAGCAUUGGGGGUGCCAAGGCCAUCAUCAACAGCACCGUCACCCCCAACAUGACCUUUACCAAAACCUCCCAGAAGUUUGGGCAGUGGGCAGACAGUCGUGCCAACACCGUCUAUGGCCUUGGCUUUGCUUCUGAGCAGCAUCUGACCCAGUUUGCUGAGAAGUUCCAGGAAGUAAAGGAAGCAGCGAGGCUGGCGAGGGAGAAAUCUCAGGAUGGGGGGGAGCUCACCAGUCCAGCCCUGGCGCUCGCUGCCCACCAGGUGCCCCCAAGUCCCCUCGUCAGCGCCAAUGGCCCCGGCGACGAGAAACUGUUCCGUAGCCAGAGCGCCGACGUCCCCGGCCCCGCCGAGCGCGAGCGGCUCAAGAAGAUGCUGUCCGAGGGCUCCGUGGGCGAGGUGCAGUGGGAGGCGGAAUUCUUCGCGCUGCAGGACAGCAACAACAAGUUGGCGGGCGCCCUGCGAGAAGCCAACGCCGCCGCCGCCCAGUGGAGGCAGCAGCUGGAGGCCCAGCGUGCCGAGGCCGAGAGGCUGCGGCAGCGGGUGGCUGAGCUGGAGGCCCAGGCAGCGGUGGCGGAGCCACCCUCGGUCAGUGAGAAGGAAGGGCCAGGCCAGUCACUGGAGCAGCUGGAGGCUCUAGUGCAAACCAAGGACCAGGAGAUCCAGACACUGAAGAGCCAAACUGGUGGAACCCGUGAGGCCCUGGAUGCCACGGAGCGUGAGGAGGCACAGCAGAAAGUGCAGGACCUGGAGACUCGCAAUGCUGAGCUAGAGCAUCAGCUGCGGGCAACGGAGCGCAGCCUGGAGGAGGCCCGGGCCGAGCGGGAACGGGCACGGGCUGAGGUGGGCCGAGCUGCACAGCUGCUGGACGUCAGGCUGUUUGAGCUGAGCGAGCUGCGAGAGGGCCUCGCCCGCCUGGCAGAGGGCACACCCUGAGCCUGGCUGCAGGGUCUGCGUGGGAGCCGGGGCCUGUGGCAGCUGGUUUUAUACGCAGGAUUCCCGCCUGGGGCACGAGCCGGGCUGCGGGCAGCACAAUGGGCCAUUCACCCUGGCAGGGACUGGGGGCCCAACCCAGCCUGGGGAGGGCCUGGCCGUAGUGCCCCAGCUGGCCCUGGCCGCUCACAGCUCAAGGGGUGUUCUGGGGCUUUUCAUUGUGUAGAUUUCUAGAAUCCCCAGGGCGCGUGCUGGUGCCCAGAUUACAUUUCUAAGAGUG